CUGCCGCUCUCCUCGCGCCUCCCCCUCUCCUCUCUCUCUCUCUCUACUAUUUAUACCCCAUCUCUCCUCUCCUUUUCUUCUCUCUCCCUGUGUAAUGGAUAUGGCCAUUACUUCCGGAUUCUCCACCUUCUGACUUUCCCUACUUGUUCCCUCUUCCCCUGUUUCCCAUAUCUGCAACACCCCCCCCCCCCCCCGGGGCUCCCCUCUCCUCAGGCCUCUCUCUCGCUCGAUCUCUGAGAUUUUUUAUUAAUUGAUGACAUCAGACCUGGUUUGGAAGCCCAGGAGGAAGAGAAAACGAAGAGGGAGAGCAGACACAGAGGGACGAUCACUCACUCAAUCCACUCUACUUGUAGUAGUUGUAAUCGACAGAGACUCAGAGCAGAGAAGAUCGUCGCCGGCCCCCAAUGUCUCUGGUGUUCGGUAGCUGCUGUCGGGAGGUCUCCGUAGGUCCUACUCUGGCUUUCGACCACCUCUCCCCCUCCCCCGCCUACGUUACCCCUCUCGUUAGAGACCCCCCGACGCCGGAUGAGCAGCCGCAGCGGGAAGAGACUGCGAUCCUCUCGCAUGCUGGAGAUCCGGCGCUGGGUAACCUGCUGCCUGCGAAGGAUGAUGAUGGUGGUCGCGGUGGCGGUGGUGGUGAUGAUCAGGGCAGCGGAACGGCAAAAGCUGAAAUGUUUGAGAUUGGUGAGAGCGGGUCGGGGAAGCGCGUGGAGGCGUCUUCGGAGAGCUCGUCGAUCGGUGUUCCCGGGGACAGCAACGCCGACGGCCUGAGCGAUGGAGACGGCGACGAAGUGCAGAGCAAGUUCAGCCGAUGUUUUGGAUCUCUGGGAUCCUUGGAGGAAUCCCUUCCCAUUAAGAGGGGAUUGUCAAAUCACUUCAGUGGGAAAUCAAAAUCGUUCGCGAAUCUGGCAGAGGUGAGCAGAGUUGAAGAUCUGGCAAAACCAGAGAACCCAUUCAACAAGAGGAGAAGAACCCUGCUCGCGAUCAAGCACUGGUCGUCAAGAAACUACAAAUCAUCAUCAUCAUCAUCAUCAUCAUCAUCCAACGGCUUCUACUGCUCCCCAAACCCAACCUCCAUGCCCCUUCUCCAAGCCUUCGACGAACAAGAAGAAGAAGAAGAAGACGAAGCUGCCGAUGACGACGACGACAACGACGAUGAAGGAAAGCAACAAGAAGAAGCGGAGAGACGACACCACCACCAUGAAAAGAGGAAGCUCAGAAUUGGCCUAAAAUCACAGUAUCAAAGUUGUUUCUCACUCACGGAUCUGCAGCAUGCUUGAUCUUAUCUCUAGAUUUCUGUCUCAAUGAAAAUAUAAUAUAUUAUAUUAUACAUAAUUAUAUAUUAUAUAAUAUUAUAAAUAAAUAUAUUAUCCUUUUAGUUA